GAUUCUGAUUGGUAGGACGGAGCAACCUGGCUCCUAGUUGGCAGAGCUCUCCCCGGAUGGGAGCUCCGGCCACGGAGUGAUGGUGGUGGCAGCGGAGAUGGGCCGGGCAGGGACCAUGGCAGUGGCGGCAGAAGUGGCAGGGGCGGGGCGGCUGGCGGUAGAGGAGGCUGUAGUCUUCAGGGGGCUGUAGGUGGAGGCAUGGCUCGGGCCAGCAGCGGGAACGGCAGCGAGGAGGCCUGGGGGGCACUUCGGAUGCCGCAACAGCAGCUUCGAGAGGUUUGCCCAGGAGUGAACAACCAGCCCUACCUCUGUGAGAGUGGUCACUGCUGCGGGGAGACUGGCUGCUGCACCUACUACUAUGAGCUCUGGUGGUUCUGGCUGCUCUGGACUGUGCUCAUCCUCUUUAGCUGCUGCUGCGCCUUCCGUCAUCGACGAGCUAAACUCCGGCUGCAGCAACAGCAGCGGCAGCGUGAGAUCAACUUGUUGGCCUACCACGGGGCAUGCCAUGGGGCUGGCCCUGUUUCUACGGGUUCACUGCUUGACCUUCGCCUCUUCAGCGCCUUCAAACCCCCAGCCUAUGAGGAUGCGAUUCACCGCCCGGGCUCACCACCACCUCCUUAUACUGCGGUCCCGGGCUGCCCCUUGACUGCUUCUAGGGAGCGUACCUGCUGCUCCUCCACUUCUAGCUGCCCUACCCACUGCGAGGGAACAAAUGUGGAAGGUGUUUCCUCCCACGGGAGUGCUCCCCCUCAUCAGGAGGGUGAGCCUGGGGCAGGGGUAAGCCCUGCCCCCACACCCCUUUCCUGCCGCUAUCGCCGCCUGACUGGUGACUCGGGUAUCGAGCUCUGCCCUUGUCCUGACUCCAGCGAGGGCAAGCCAGUCAAGGAGGCUAGGGCUAGUGCCACUCAGCCAGAUCUGGAGGACUGCUCCCCUUGUACACUGCCCCUAGAUUCCGUAUCCCAAGUUUCUUCUGUGCGGCUGGCUUCCAGUGAAGGGGACAUCCCAUAAGCAGUUUGGGGAGGAUGGGUGGGUUACUUGCCCACUAGAAACAGCCCUGGUCCCAAUUCCUUGAGUUCUCUUCGGCCUCUCCUUGCGCUCCUACUAGAAUCUGCCUGAAAGGGCUGGAGUCCUGAGGAGAAGGGCCAUGUUUGGGGGACUGUGCUAGCUCUACCCCCAAUGACAUACACAGGAGCCUUUGAUCUCAUUAAAGAGAUGUGAACCAGC